CGGCGCUACAAUGUGCAGCACGCAGGGCUGAUAAUUGCUCUUCAGUCUAUUACAGUUGAACAACACAGGACGCUCAACUCUCCAAUCGCUAUCUCUUCUCGCCCACCAUUCUGGGCUCCAAACCAGGAAGAUGAACUCUUGGGAUUUAUGGGUGGAGCAAGCGCUAUCUAGACUGGAUUCUCUGAAACUCCUCCGAUCUCUCAGGCCCAUUCUUCCUUCCAAAGCUAACCAGCCCGGUUCGCAAGAAACUUGCCCUUCAAACGCCUCCUUUUCUGGCGAUGACCUCCAAGUUUUCGACGGUUUGCGCCAGUGGGACAGAGCCUCCGUGGAAGUCAUGAUUUCUGAAACCACGUAUCAGAAAUGGCUAAAAGACGUCCCCAGUUCCGGAGAUGACAAUGAAUGUGACAAAGUUUGGACUGAUAAUGAAGUGGGGGCUUGUGGUGGAAAAUUCAGAAAGUUAAUUUUAUUCUCCAGUAAUGAUUACUUGGGUUUGAGUUCUCAUCCAACUAUUAUCAAGGCUGCAACAGAGGCAGUGCAAAGGCAUGGAAUGGGUCCAAGAGGAUCUGCCUUAAUUUGUGGGUAUACAUAUUAUCAUAGAUUACUGGAAACCUCAUUGGCAGCCCUAAAAAAGAAGGAGGAUUGCCUUCUUUGUCCCACAGGCUUUGCAGCCAAUAUGGCAUUUGUCACCGCUGUAGGCAGUAUCAGUCUUCUCUUAGCUGCAGGUGGCAAACCAUCAUUGGAUGACAGAAUAGCCAUAUUUUCCGAUGCUCUCAACCAUGCAUCAAUUAUUGAUGGUAUACGCCUUGCUGAGAAACAAAAAGGUGUAGCAGUUUAUGUCUACCGACACUGUGACAUGUUCCACCUUAACGAACUACUAACAAAUUGCAGAAUGAAGAAAAAGGUUGUCAUUACAGAUAGCUUAUUUAGUAUGGAUGGGGACUUUGCACCAAUGGUCGAGCUUGUCAAGCUUCGUAAGAAGCAUGGAUUUUUGUUGGCAAUUGAUGAUGCUCAUGGAACUUUCGUAUGUGGUGCAACUGGAGGGGGUGUGGCUGAGAAGUUCAACUGUGAAAAAGAUGUGGACAUAUGUGUAGGCACUCUAAGUAAGGCUGCAGGUUGCCAUGGCGGGUUCAUAGCAUGCAGCAAGAAAUGGAAGCAGCUUAUACAAUCAAGGGGGCGCUCCUUCAUAUUUUCUACAUCUACACCAGUGCCCGUCGCUGCUGCUGCACAUGCUGCUACUGUUGUGGCUAAAAAGGAGACAUGGCGUAGAAGAGCUAUCUGGAACAGGGUGCAAGACUUCCGCGAUCUGACUGGGAUUCCAAUCACAAGUAACAUCAUCUCCUUAAUAGUUGGGAGUGAAGCCAUGGCAUUGCAAGCUAGCCGGCAUCUUCUGGAUUUGGGCUUCCACAUUAGUGCCAUUAGACCCCCAACAGUGCCCCACAACUCCUGCAGGUUAAGGAUAACACUAAGUGCAGCUCACACAUUGGAAGAUAUAAGAAAGCUUACAGAAGCACUAUCCCAGUGCAUCAGUUUCAGGGAGAUUGGGUUCUAUAGCAGCAGCAGCAGUUGCAGUGCUAAACUAUAACUCUAUCUUAUGUUAUUUCUUAGCACAUAUAUGUUUAAUUUGUUCUAAAACCUGAAGAUAGAUCAGAUUGGUAUUAAUUAUAAUAUAAAAAUAUUAUUGAUAAUGUAUUUAGAAGAGAUGUUUAAUUUGUGA